AUGCCGAGCAUACAAGAACCACUGCAUUUUAAACCUCAAGAGCCUAAAGUAGUCGUGGCGGAGAACGAGAACGACAAGAUGGUUGAUGUUCAGGACAAGGAGGUCACCAUGGAAGGCCUCUGCUCUGUGGCCGCUUACGAUCAGUGGACGCCUCUCUCAGUCCCAGGACAGCGCCCGAAACCUCGAUACAAGCACGGAGCUGCCGUAGUUCAGGAAAAAAUGUAUGUCUUUGGUGGAAACCACAAUGGCCGUUACCUUGGUGACAUUCAGGUUCUGGAUUUCAAAAGUUUGUCAUGGUCAAAGCUAGAAGCUAAAGUUCAAUCAGAAUCAGCUGAACCAGCUUCUGUUGCUCCAUGUGCUGGUCAUUCACUGAUUCCAUCCGGAAACAAGAUUCUCUCACUUGCAGGACACACCAGGGAGCAUACAGAGAGUCUCAGUGUAAAGGAGUUUGAUCCGCAAACCUGCACUUGGUCAAUUUUGCGUACUUAUGGGAAGUCACCGAGCUCACGUGGUGGUCAAUCAGUAACUCGUGUUGGGGACACUUUAGUUGUGUUUGGAGGUGAAGGUGGUGGGAGGUCUCUUCUGAAUGACCUGCACGUUCUUGAUCUUGAAACCAUGACUUGGGAUGAAUUUGAGAGCACAGGCACUACUCCUUCUCCAAGGUCAGAGCAUGCUGCUGCAUGCUAUGCGGACUGGUAUCUCUUGAUAUUUGGUGGGGGAUCUCAUUCUACAUGUUUCAGUGAUCUAUAUCUCCUUGACAUGCAAACAAUGGAAUGGUCAAGACCAGAGCAGCACGGUAUAAUUCCAGAACCAAGAGCAGGGCAUGCAGGCGUGACGGUUGGGGAUAACUGGGUUAUCACUGGUGGUGGUAAUAGUAAGAAAGGUGUUCCAGAAACGCUUGUGCUUAACAUGUCUACUUUGGUAUGGUCGGUUGUUACUAGUUUUGAAGGCCGUGCACCCCCUACAAGUGAGGGAUCGAGCUUAGUACUUCACACAAUUAAUGGAGAAGAUUUUCUGUUGUCAUUUGGAGGAUACAGUGGACGUUACAGCAACGAGGUUUAUGCUCUGAAGACAAGUCUCAGACCAAGUGUGUCAUCUUCACGAAUAGAUGAACUGGAGACAAAUGGCAUGACCCCAUUAUCUGCAGAAGUAAAUUCUAGCAGGGAACCUAUAUUCGAAAUUGAAGAACUUCGAGAUGACAAGAAUAAGAAGGGAGGAGAUAUCAGCAAAACCUUGGUGCAAGCAGUAAAGCGUGAGAAGAACCAGGUAGAAGAAAGACUUGAACAGGAAAAGCUGCAGAGCUUCAACCUGAAGAAGGAACUAGCUGAUGUGGAGAACAAAAAUGCGGAGCUUACUAAGGAACUCCAGUCGGUCCGUGAUCAACUCUCAGACGAAGCAGCGAGGGCUUCCAAACUCGAGGAUGAAGUUUCAGAGAUUCAACAACGGCUGCAGAAAAUGGAAACCCUUGAAAAGGAGUUCGAAUUGCUUCGGAGUGAAAGGGGUGGCGGGUCUGACGAAUCAGGUUCAGGCAGCAACAAGAGGCCCAGCAGCGUGGGCUUCCGGAGGUGGUAUGGAGAUGACGAGCGCUGA